AUGUUCUCAAUGAGCGCCGAACCGUAUGUACUUGCCAGCUCUUCAGGCGAUCGCUCAUCCGUUGUUAACUGCGGGCAGGUUACGUAUCGACUGCUCGGCCGGGCUUUGAAAGUCCACAGCAAUCUUGCAAAGCAGAUGUUAUUUGAUUUCCGUCGAACGGAAAAUGCGAAAAAACCGAACAGCGUGUCUGCCACUUACCUGAUUAGCGGGGUUCAAUUGUCGCAACGAAAACAGGCUAUAAAUGGAGGGUCGCACGAUGGUGAAGAUGUGACAAUGAGAAGCAGCCCCUUUAUGAGCUCUGUGCCUCAGCCGGACGACAACGGAGGCGGAAUCGAGCGCCCUGUCCGCACAACUUCGUUCGUUUUGGCCAGGGAAGAGGAUUUGGAUGACGCGAAAGCUACAUUCGACUCAAUAUCAACGAUACAUAUCUACAGCUUACAACCAAGCACGCUCCAGGAUCUUAAUGUGUUGGUUGAUGUCAGCCGAGAGAUUCUCACGUCGUUCGGAAGUGAAGAUCCUCUGGAGCUGGGGAAGCACUGGGGUAUGAUUCAGAAUAAAAAUGUCAAGCGGAGAAAAACAGCAAGACCACCUCCACCAAAGGCAGAAGUUCCAAAGAAGGAAACUGUGCAACCAAAUACUGAGAUUACAACUUCGUCAAAGGAAUCAUUGCAAAAGGUAGAAGCAAAAAGCAAUGAAAAGGUACCUGCUCGUGGCAAGAAAGGGGAUUUAUUCUCUUCGUUUGCCAAUGCAAAGGCGAAGUCAAAUUUGAAGAAAGAAGACUCGGCUGCAUCUAGUGUAAAAUCGGUGAAAGAAGAUACCCAACAGAAAGGAAUGUUUGAUGGUGAUGACGACGAUGCCGAAGAGGCUGAAGGGGAGGAACCAUUCUCAAAUAGCGGAGAAUCCAAGAGCAUUUCAGCUCGGGAAUCACGGAAAGACCGAGAAGCCAAAUUAAAGCAGAUGAUGGAAGAUGAUGAUGAAGAUGAAGACAUGCCGGAUGCCUCCGAGGCGCCUAUUGAAUCUGCAAACGAAGAAGCCGAGCAGAAGAAACAGCCCGAACCGGAGUCCAAAGAAGAAGUUACUGUUCAGGGCGGACGGCGUCGCGGCAAGCGGAAAAUCAUGAAGAAAAAGACUGUCAAGGAUGACGAAGGCUACCUUGUGACCGUGGAAGAGCCCGCAUGGGAAUCGUUCUCUGAAGAUGAACCGGCGCCACCGCCGAAAAAGAAGGCUGCUGUCAGCGCAGCGGGGAAGAAGGCGGGGCAGGGCAGCAUCAUGUCGUUUUUUUCCAAGAAAUAA